GUCUAACACAUUAUAAUGAUCUUUUCAUCGAGUUUUCCGUUGGUUUACAUGAUAAAGAACUUAAUUACAGCAUAAAAAUUUUCACAAGGCAACGCACUGUAAUGAAAUCACGUCACCACGCUCACUUGGCUGUUGUAGGAGUCACGUUUCCGUCGCUGUCGUUGUAGCAAACCACCGGCACUUUUUCAACGCCUUCUCUUCCGUUAUUUUUCAUUACAAAAAUCUUCCUGAACUCAAACUUUGUUUUGUAAUAAUUUAAUUAAUUAUUUAUUAUUCAUCGCCUUGUUUUCUUUUUUUUUUUCUCCUGUCUCCUCAUCGGCCGUUUAAACAUUUCUCUGGUUCUGUUUAUCUCUAAAGCUUACUAUUCAACGUCGUUUCCUGACCGUCCGAUGAUUUGACUUUUUACCGAUCAGCUAGUUGACUUCAAACCAUACGGCGACGAUGGGUCAUUGUUACAGCCGGAACAUUUCCACCGUUGAAGAUAAGGACGGCGAUGUCCCCAACGGAGUCGCCCAGCUUCAAAACAACCACCGUACGUCAGUUCCCAGUUCUCCAGUUGCGUCUGGCUCUACCGAAGCCAACCCUUACACCAUUAGCCCAUUUCAAAGCCCGUUGCCGGCGGGAGUAGCUCCUUCUCCGGCAAGAACUCCGGGAAGAAAGUUUAAAUGGCCGUUCCCGCCUCCUUCACCAGCGAAACCGAUUCUGGCGGCUCUGAGACGGCGAAGAGGUACGGCUCCUCAGCCUCGAGACGGUCCUAUCCCUGAGGAAAGUGAGGAAGACGAUCACGGAACAGCCGGCGGAAGCGGUGAGAGGUUGGAUAAGAACUUCGGAUUCUCGAAGCACUUCGAAGGGAAGUACGAGCUCGGGAAGGAGGUUGGUCGAGGGCAUUUUGGUCAUACUUGUUCGGCUAAAGCCAAGAAAGGGAAGAUCAAAGGACAAACGGUAGCAGUCAAGAUCAUCGCUAAAGCCAAGAUGACAUCAGCUCUAUCCAUUGAAGAUGUUCGCCGAGAGGUGAAACUGCUGAAAGCUCUGUCCGGGCAUAGGCAUAUGGUUAAGUUCUACGAUGUGUUUGAGGACGCAGAUAAUGUCUUUCUGGUUAUGGAGUUAUGUGAAGGUGGAGAGUUAUUGGAUAGAAUCUUGGCAAGAGGUGGUCGGUUUCCAGAAGCAGAUGCUAAGCGUAUUCUUGUGCAAGUUCUAUCUGCAACUGCUUUUUUCCAUCUUCAAGGUGUUGUGCACCGUGACCUGAAGCCUGAGAAUUUUCUGUUCACCAGCAAAAAUGAGGAUGCAGUACUCAAGGUCAUAGAUUUUGGUUUAUCUGAUUUCUCCAGAUUCGAUCAGCGUCUCAACGAUGUGGUAGGAAGUGCAUACUACGUUGCGCCUGAAGUACUCCACAGAUCAUACGGCACUGAAGCAGAUAUAUGGAGCAUCGGUGUCAUAUCUUACAUAUUACUCUGUGGAAGUAGACCUUUCUACGGACGAACCGAGUCUGCCAUCUUUCGAUGUGUCCUUAGAGCGAAUCCUAAUUUUGAAGAUAUGCCGUGGCCUUCUAUAUCUCCUAUUGCCAAAGAUUUUGUGAGAAGGCUACUGAACAAAGACCAUAGGAAAAGAAUGACAGCUGCUCAAGCUUUAGCUCAUCCAUGGCUUCGAGGUGAAAACCCUGGUUUGCUUCUUGAUUUCUCCAUCUACAAGUUAGUGAAGUCUUAUAUUCGUGCAUCUCCUUUCAGACGAGCAGCACUUAAGUCUCUAUCCAAAGCUAUACCAGAAGAGGAACUUGUGUUCCUUAAAGCACAGUUCAUGCUCCUUGAACCAGAAGAUGGAGGCUUGUUUCUUCACAAUUUCACUACGGCUUUGACAAGAUAUGCUACGGACGCUAUGAUCGAAUCUAGACUUCCUGACAUUUUAAACUUGUUGCAACCCUUAGCACAUAGGAAACUCGAUUUUGAAGAGUUCUGUGCAGCUGCGGUUAGCGUUUAUCAACUAGAGGCUCUUGAAGAAUGGGAACAGAUCGCAACUACAGCAUUUGAGGACUUCGAACGUGAAGGAAGCCGAGCCAUUUCAGUCCAAGAACUCGCUGAGGAGAUGAGUUUGGGACCAAAUGCGCAUCCUUUGCUCACGGAUUGGAUCCGGAGUUUGGAUGGGAAGCUGAGUUUCUUGGGGUAUAAAAAGUUCUUGCACGGUGUGACUGUUCGAAGCUCGAGCUCGAGACCUAUUAGGUGACUUCCAACUUUGCAAAUCACACCCUAAUAAUACUGUGUGGAGAAGAAAAGGUACCUCUUUGUAUUGAGCAUUUUGCUUUCAUCGGAGCCGUUCCAAAACCAAAAACAAACAAACAUGGAAAAUAUAUAUAUAUAUAUAUAUUUUUUGUAUUUUCUUUUUUAAAAUAUUCAUUUCGGUUUGUAGAGAAAGAGUUUAUAAAAUGGGUGGUGGUUGUUUGGCUCUGGUUUUGUUUCCUCUAAGCAGUGGUAUUGGAGGUGUAAUAAAUCAACUGUUUAGGUAUAAAACUUUUAUGAUAUACACAUUGAAAUGUUGUAUUAAGACAUGGUAUCAUGCAUACGCGUGCACUUACUACAGACUGUACUAUUGAUUUUGGGGCCUUGUCGGUCUUAUUGGCAGUCGCUACUCGCUAGCGACCAGCGACCGCAUUUAAUUACUGUUCGUUUGGAACGAUCGGUCGUUAGUGAUAUGUGAUUAGAAAUUGGUAGCAGAUUUUUCAGUCUUCCGACCAAAAAUUUGGCGCAAAUAUUUUAACCAUCAAAUAACAAAAGUAUCCUCAAAAUGUUUACAAGAUCACAAACAAAUAUCCCUAAAACUAAUUUUAUUCUCUCCACAGUCACGCUCCAUAGAGUUAUAGAUAUUGGAGAUUCUUUCACCCACAGUUAUUAUUAUGCCUUUGAUUUCGGUUUAUUUGGUCAAAUUGAUUCAGAUCAUUCAUUUCUGAUUAGUUCUGUUUAUCCAAAAUCUCACCAAAUUAGAAAAACUUUGUAAAUUAUAUUCACUUUUUUUCCUUAUUCAAAAUAUUAUGCCAUCAAAUUAUAGAUAUGCAUAGGUUAUCAUUUAAACAACCUUGUUAUUUUGGAUUCAUAUAAUAAAUUAACAUGUAUAAUAUAUUUGAAAAUUGAUUAUAUAGUUUUUGUAAUAAAAUUAGUAAUUACAUGAUAUUUUGUAAAUAGUAUUGACAAGUUUUUAUAUAAUCUAUGAAUAUAGAAUGUUAAAUCAGUGAUAAAUAAAAAUGACAGUUUAUCACUUACAGUUAAUAAAAAAAAUGUAACAUAAAAGAUUCACAAAAAGAAGAAGAAAAUCGAACAGACAAACCACACCCUUAUGUUAAAUCAGUGUUAAAUAAAAAUGGCAGUUUAUCACUUACAGUUAAUAAAAAAAUGUAACAUAAAAGAUUCACAAAAAGAAGAAGAAGAUCGAACAGACAAACCACACCCUUAAGACACAGAUACAAGUGCAUUUCACUUGUUUUCUUUGAAUUUUGUACCCUGUUUUGAUAUUUUUAUAAUAUUUAAUUAACACAAUCCCGCCCGCUGUAACACCCACAGUUUACAUUCAUAACUUAAGGAGACGUACUUGUUAGCUUUCCGAAAUGACAUCAACAACUUGACGUUUUGCACGGUAAGCUUUUAAAUCACAAGUUCCUAUUUUUUGUAUUUUCUUUUUCUUAAUUUUUUUUAAUUUCCGGUAUGUAGAGAAAGAGUUCAUAAAAUGGGUGGUAGUUGUUUGGUUCUGGUUUUGUUUCCUCUAAGCAGUGGUGCUGGAGGUAUAUAAAUAAACUGUUUAGAUACAAUAAAACUUUUAUGAUAUACACAUUGAAACGUUUUGUAUAAAGACAUAGUAUCAUGUAUACACGUUCUGAUUUAGUAACUCCAAACUGUAUUUUUGAUUUUGGGACCUUGUUGGUCAUGUUCGUUUGCCAGUCGCUAGCUAGCGACCGGUUUGAUUGUUGUUCGUUUGCUUAUCGCUACAUAUGAUUUGUCGUUGGCAAUAUGCGACUGGAAAUUUGGGUUGUUGAUUUUUCAGUAUUUCAACCAAAAAUUUAGCACACAAAAAUUUGAAAACAUUAAACUAACAAAAGUAUCCUCAAAAUGUGCACAAAAUAACAAACAAAUCUCAGUAACCCUAAUUUUAUUCUCUCCAUAGUCACUCUCCGUUGAUUUGUUUUUCAAAUGCUAUAGAGUUAUAGAUGUUGGAGAUUCUUUCACCCACAGAUAUUAUUUCGCCUUGAUUUCAGUUUAUUUGGUCAAAUUGGUUCUGAUCAUUCGUUUCUGAUUAGUUUGGUUCAUCCAAAAUCUCACCAAAUUAUACAUAACCUUUUUUGGUUUAACUUGGUUUUUAGUUUUCAAUUUUUUUUCCGAACUGAACUGAUAUUUUGAUUUAAACUAUUUUAAAAACUCAAAUAUUUUUGGUUAAAUUUGGUUAGUUUGAUUCAAUUAUUAUAGUUUGAUCGAGCAAUCGGAUUGGUUCAAGGCCACGAGUACUGCUAUGGGACAGGCCCAAUUUGAUAACUGAAAAAUUCAGUUCACACGCCAGCCCAGCUAAGCCCAAGUUCAUGUAGAUUUCGUUUUGGUUAUGGUGUUGGGGGGUUUUCGGUGGGAUUUCCUAAACUGUGUGUAUCAUGUCAUAUCCUGACGCAUAGCUCAGCUUUAGUUCUUUCAAACCUUCAUGGCUCCAUCACUGUAAUACUGGAACUAGAAGCUUUUGUCUUAACUCAAUGUUCGUGGCUUCCUUAGAAGUCCUCGUCCAGCUCCAUUCUAUUUUCAUUGUCAUGGAUAUGGUCUUUUUCUCUUUGUCGAAUUCACCUAGUCCAUGCUUUCAAGCCUCAAUCGUCUCACCAUCCUCUUCACGAUACAUUAUGCUCUCCGAUGUUUUAAGCUUUAUUGGUUUCAAAGUUCUCCGUGUUUGUUUGAGUGUCAAAUAUAGUCAGAUAGAAUUUUAUAAUCUCGAUGUUACCUAUGGUUCUAGAGCUUCUCACUAAAAGUUCUUGUCGGUCGAUAUUUAAACUUUUUUUAUGGGUGCAUCAACGUCGUUUUAUUUGACUAUCAUUUGUUCUUUCGAACAAUCGCUUUAGGGACUAAGAUAGAGCCUGCCACAUUUCUUCAUACUCCUGAGCUUGAUUCGCCCUUUAACAAUUCUAUCUUCAAAUUAUUGUAAUGUUUUCUAUCUACGUUUUACCAUAUAGCAUGUCUCUAGGAUCUUCGGUUUCAGUUGUAAGAUUUGAUACUCACUGAGGUUUUUAUAAUAUGGAUAGUUGCAAAAAAAAAGCUUUUGUAUGUGGGUAGUUUUUGAGUUUUAAACUUUUUUUUUUGUGAAAUAGGUGUUUUUACUGUUUAGGAUAUAUCAUUUUUUUUAUAUACGAUCAUGUAAUUUAGUUACCACAUUAUUAAAACUCUACAACAUUUCUUAUAAUAAAUUUCCCAACUAAUUGGGCUACACACUUUACUCAGCCUAAUCAUCAUGCGUUAAUAUAGCUCUCGGAUUGGAUAUGAACAAAACAUAGGUUCACCCUUAAAGUGAACCUUUAAAUUUACCUCUUAUUUUAUUACCAAUCAAAAUGCUACAUAGAUUAAUAAUAAAAUAUAUUAUUUUUAAAAAAAAAUUAAAAAAAUUAAAAAAAAUAAUAACGUUCAUUUUAAUGACGCUAACGCCAAUAACUAAACCCUAA